AUGGCCCCAGCCUCCCUCGCCGAGCAAGCUUCAACGCUGGAGGGCAUCGCUGACCUCAAAGGCCUUGAGCAUCAAAACUACUCGGAGCAUGUGGAAAGCUCGGGUGGCCUGACAUGGACUGCUGAUGAAGAAAAGAAACUCGUUCGCAAAGUCGACUUGAUGCUUUUGCCAACAAUUUGGAUUAUGUAUCUGCUCUCGUACAUGGACCGGACCAAUAUCGGGAAUGCGAAGAUUGCUGGUAUGGCCGAUGAUCUCAAGCUGACCUCUAAUGAAUACAGCUUAGCCCUGGUCGUCUUCUUCAUUGGCUACGUCAUCUUCGAACCUCCCUCCAAUAUGAUCCUCGUACGAACGCGACCGUCGCUAUAUCUACCGUUCCUGAUGGCAGUUUGGGGGGUUAUGACAUGUUUGAUGGCUCUGAUUAAGGAUUUCCACCACUUGGUUGUCCUGCGUGUAUUCGUCGGUAUCAUCGAGGCCGGCUUUGCCCCCGGAGUCUUGCUCAUCUUCUCAUCUUGGUACAAGCGAAAAGAGCAAUCGCGACGCUUCGCCGUCUUCAUGUCCGCCGCCAUUCUAUCCGGUGCGUUCGGUGGGCUCUUAGCCGGUGCCAUCACUUCCGGACUUGAAGGCGCCCAUGGCAUUCGCGGCUGGCGUUGGCUCUUCAUAGUCGAAGGCGCGGCCACGGUCGGAUUCGCUGGAAUUGCCGUAUUUAUUCUCCUCGACUUCCCUGCAAAUUCCAAGGGGCUUUCAGAUAGGGAGCGUGCGAUCGCUAUUGCAAGGUUGCAGGAGGACAAUGUCACAGUUCGUACCGCGGAGGAGAAGGUUGGAGUUCUGAGGUCCUUUGUGCUCGCUGUUAAGGACUGGAGGACGAUUGGUUUCAUCUUCGGAUACAUGGUCAUCGUCGGGUCUUCCACUUUGACUUACUUUUAUCCCACUCUGGUCAAUGGCCUAGGCUACACACAAACUGUCCAAGCUCAGUACAUGACAGUGCCCAUAUACGCCGUCGCCUUCGUCUGCACGGCAAUCAGCGGCUAUUUUGCAGACAAAAUUCCUCAGUGGCGUGGUGUUUUCAUUGCUUGUUGGCUCACAUUCUCAAUGAUCACCUCGAUUCUGGUCUGUGUCCUACACAACUUCACCGUCCGUUACGCUUUGCUUGUGCUCAUGGCUGCCGGCCUCUGGUCGUCCAAUGCACUUUCCCUUAGCUUUGCUUCUUCUACAUUUGGUUCUAUGGAUGCUGAGGUUCGUGCUAUCGCCCUCGCUGUCAUGAACGGCCUGGGAAACCUGGCCCAGAUCUAUGGCGCCUACUUGUUUCCUUCCAAAGAUGCCCCGCAAUAUCUCAUGGGCUUUGGUGUCAUCUCUGGAAUGCUUGGCUUCGGUGUGGGCGUGUAUAUUACAAUGCACAUCUUGGUUCGCCGCUGGAAACCAUAG